GCAGAGAGAAGUACAAAUACAGAUCACAACAGCGGAGAAAAUCUCCACUUCACCGCCAGUCCCCUCGUGUUGUUUUUGUGAAAAAGUUGUCGUUCGAUGGGGUGAUCAAUUAUUAUUAUUUAAAAUACUAAAACUAUGAACUAAAGCUAACGUUGAAAGUCUUAUCGCCAAAACAACUCUCGAUAACCAGUAAUGUACUGGAUAUUAAACACGCGUACAAGAGCACAAGUCCUUUCAGCAAUUGGACGAUGGGCUCAGGAGGGAUCGACGUCUUCGUCAUUUUCCACAUCGUCUCACCUUAGAGCCCUCAGAACAUCAAUCCCAGCACUUGCAACACGCCCAUAUCUCCAGAAAAGGGAUGGUGAUGCCGCUUUCAGGGCUGGACCUUGGACUACGAAGGGUGUGGUCAACACAGUCAAUUUGUUUCCUCCCGAGUUGGAAAUUCUUUAUUUUGGGCGAAGGGGGAUGAAGCAUGAUAAGCACAUGGGGGGUUACAGCAACUUUGGUCACAAACCGAUCCCUCCGUCCGCCUUCACGUCGGGAAUCCUCUGGUUCAUCAUCAUCAGCAUGAUCUUGCUCAGGGUCGAUUGGGAGUACUUAUUUGACAAGUACGACAUUGAGUUUCCCAGAGUGGACGCUGCAUCUCCCCCAGAACCGAGUAAAAAGGACAAAGUUGCGGUGGGGGACGAGUCCGAACAUGAGGAUUCUAGUUCCGAAGGAGGAAAAGAACUUUCAAAAAAGAAAUCUGCAAAAGUUGGGUUUCGAGAUAGAAAAAUAAUCGAGUACGAGAACAGAAUUCGACAGUACUCAACCCCAGAUAAAACAUUUAGAUAUUUUGCAUCCUUGCAAGUAGUUCAUGUCAAUGGAGAAACGGAGAUAUUCAUGACGCCAGAUGACUUUCUCCGAUCGAUCACUCCUGGAAUUAAACAACCGGAUGGUUUGGGAUUGGACCAAUUCAAACGCUACGACCCAAAAUGUCGGGAGCAAGCCGGAAAAUUAUUGGAACUCGACUUACACCGGGACAGUAUUUUUUACAAGUUGGGGAGUGCUGGUCUCAUUUCAUUUUCCGAUUAUGUCUUUCUCCUCACGGUUUUAUCAACAUCCCGACGUCACUUUGAGAUCGCAUUUCGCAUGUUUGACCUGAAUGGAGACGGAGACGUGGAUGUUGAAGAGUUUGAAAAAGUCACUGCGUUAAUCAGACAAAGGACAAGUAUUGGUGCUAGACACAGGGAACAUUCCGUUUCUGUCAACAGUUUACGGGAAAUGAAUUCUGCCCUGAAUUCAUACUUUUUCGGAACCACUCGCAGAGAAAAAUUAACAAUUGAGAAGUUCCUCGAGUUUCAGAUGCAACUUCAAACAGAAAUUUUGAAAUUGGAGUUUAAAAGAAAGGAACCUAAUGACAAUGGCAAAAUCAACGAAACUGAUUUUGCAGAACUACUUCUUGCCUAUGCGGGAUAUCCUCCCAAAAAGAAGGCCCGCAUGCUAAAGCGAGUCAAGAGAAAGUGCAAGGACAAAGAGUACGCAACUGGAGUGUCACUUGAUGACUAUCAGAAAUUCUUCCAUCUACUCAGCAAUAUAAACGAUGUGGAUACGGCGUUAACCUUUUACCAUAUCGCUGGUGCUGCGAUUGAUCAAUCUACAUUGAAACACGUUGCGAGAACAGUGGCUCACGUUGAACUGUCUGAUCACAUUGUGGACGUUGUAUUCACUCUCUUUGAUGAGAACAUGGAUGGACAGCUUAGUAAUCGCGAAUUUGUUGCAGUCAUGAAGAACAGGUUGAUGCGAGGGUUGGAAAAGCCGAAGGAUACUGGAUUUUUCAAGUUACUUCGAUCCACGGGCCGAUGUGCAAAAGAAUCACUGCCUUUCUGAACAACAAUGCCAACAUGAAUUUGUUACAAUAAUACAAUUUCCUUUCUUGUUUCGAAAAUUAGUUUCUCGUUAAAGUGCAAUAUCUCUCUACACUUUAUGAUAUCUAGUCUAGCACAUUAACAGAAUGUACUUGUUACUUCGAGCUGCUACCCACAAAUUAUU